UGGGACUUUUAUUCUUUAUGGCAUGCAUAGCUAUUUCUGACACAAGGUGGCUUAAGUGGGCAAAUAAUCCCUCUGACAUGAGAAGCACCCAAUUAAGGAAAAAUAAUAGCUUGUUAAAAUUCUAAGAUUGCAACUGUGGUUGGAACGAAAACCAACCAUACACAGUGUGCCCCAAGGACUAGGGUUGAAAACCACUGCUUUACACCAGGGUGACCAGUGGAGGAUGGGCUCCCGCUUUGUCAAGAUUUCUUCCCAUUGGGGAGUUUUUUCUCGCCACUGUUUGAGGGUUUUCUCCCCACUGGGAGUUUUUUUUAACCUUUCUAUUUGGGGGUUCAGGCCUGGUGUCUCUGCUCUUUUUGCUCUCUUGCCUGUCCACCUGAUCAAUCAGAAACCACGCCUAAUCUGCGCCACACUCCAGCACAGUAGGUGGCGGUAAUGUAUCUUCCGUUCAUAUUAUCGGCUGCCAAUAAACACCAUCGAAGAAGCUCGUUCCGGAAACUGCGCUGGAAGAUGCAGGUUGUUCUACAGAACUCCGACUUCGUUUUUUUUUUUUUUUUAACAAACAAACAGAUAUGGCGAACUAGGACAGUGGAUUACUCGCCUCCGAGAAUUGUAUCAAGUUAUAUCCAGUUAAAUUAAGUAAUUUAUUAAUGACCAAACCGGAGCUGCAUGUCUGCACACCUCUGAGCAGCAGUAUGAUGCAGGCAGGAGUCUGUCUGAAACAGGACACUGAGAGAACACUACCAGAGCUCACUGAGCAGCACAGGAUCAGAAAGAAAGAAGAGGAACUCAGUGGACUGGAGUGUGUCCACAUGGCAGAGUCAGAGACAGAGUGUGCUGCACCAGGACUCAACACACUGGAGCCAGAGUGUGUUACAGCACACAGCGGGGUCAGUGAUGUACGUCAUACACACAUAUCACUGAUUAAAACAGAAACUGAUCUGGGCUCCACCCACACUGGAGAUCUUAAGACAGAGAGGCUCGACAGUACAGAGCUGGGAUAUGUAAUCAGUUUGCAUGCUGACCAAAUAAAAACGGAGACUGAUGAUGGAGGAUACCAUAAUGCAGAACACAUUAGUGGCUUGCUGGAUGUUAAUUAUAUUAGUAUUGAAUCGGAUCAAAUUAAGUGUGAGUCUGCUGAAAGUUUAGUGAGUGGUCUCAUGAAUGCUGUGAUGACUGGAGCUGGUGUUGAUCAUAACGACCAGACUGAACCGUGGCAGUGUGCAGGACAGCCAAACACAGACUGUAAAAAAGAAGAAAUUCCUGAUCACCCAACCCAAUUUGGGGACUUAAAUCAUCACUGUCAUAUGAACAAUGAGAUUAGUCAGACGAGAAUUGUCGAGAAAAGUGUUGGCAGUAGCAAAAAAAAUAUUUGCCACAGAACGAAUGUGAAAACUGAGCCCAUGAUCACUAAUUCAAGUAAAAGCCCAAAUCUUUUGAAUUUCUUUCAAAAUGAGACAUUUCAUAGUAACAACAGUGAAAUUAAUACCAGUGAAAAGCCAUACAAAUGCACACAGUGUGAGAAGUGUUUUAAUACCAAAUCUGGUUUAAAUAGCCAUCACCAAGUCCAUACAGGUAAAAGACCCUACAAAUGUUUUCAGUGUGAGAAGUGCUUUUCCAGAAAAUUUAAUUUAAAUACCCACCAGAGAAUUCAUACAGGGGAAAAGCCCUACAAAUGUUCUCAAUGUGGAAAUUGCUUUUCCACAUCAUCUCAAUUAAAUACCCACCAUCGUUUUCAUACUCGUGAAAAGCCCUACAAAUGUUCUCAGUGUGGAAAUAGCUUUUCCACAUCAUCUCAAUUAAAUACCCACCAUCAUUUUCAUAGUCAAGAAAAGCCCUACAAAUGUAGUGUGUGUGGGAAGUGCUUUUCUACAUCAUCUGUGUUAAAUAGGCAUCAGAAAAUUCAUACAGGUGAAAGGCCCUACAAAUGUACUCUGUGUGGAAAGUGCUUUUCUACAACAUCUAUUUUAAGUAGCCACCAGAAAAUUCAUUUAGGUGAAAAGCCGUACAAAUGUACUGAGUGUGGGAAGUGUUUUUCCCGAGUGAGUAUUUUAAAUGACCACAAGAUUGUUCAUACAGGUGAAAAGCCACACGUAUGUGCUCAGUGUGGAAAGUGUUUUUCCCGAGUAAGUAUUUUAAAUGACCACAAGAUUGUUCAUACAGGUGAAAGGCCAUACAUAUGUAUUCUGUGUGGAAAGUGUUUUUCACAGGAAAGUGCUUUAAAUCGCCACAAGAUGAUUCAUACAGGUGAAAAGCCAUACACAUGUACUCUGUGUGGAAAGUGUUUUUCACAGAAAAGUGCUUUAAAUCGCCACAAGAUGAUUCACACAGGUGAAAAGCCGUACAAAUGUACUGAGUGUGGGAAGUGUUUUUCCCGCAUAGGUGCAUUAAAUCACCACAAGAUGAUUCAUGCAGGUAAAAAGCCUUACAAAUGUCCUCUGUGUGGGAAGUGCUUUUCUACAACAUCUAUUUUAAAUAGCCACCAGAAAAUUCAUUCAGGUGAAAAGCCCUACAAAUGUCCUGAGUGUGGUAAGUGUUUUUCCCGAGUAAGUAUUUUAAAUGACCACAAGAUUGUUCAUACAGGUGAAAAGCCAUACACAUGUACUCUGUGUGGAAAGUGUUUUUCACAGAAAAGUGCUUUAAAUCGCCACAAGGUGAUUCAUACAGGUGAAAAGCCAUACACAUGUACUCUGUGUGGAAAGUGUUUUUCACAGAAAAGUGCUUUAAAUCGCCACAAGAUGAUUCAUACAGGUGAAAAUCCCUACAGAUGUACUGAGUGUGGGAAGUGUUUUUAUCACAUAGGUGCAUUAAAUAGCCACAAGAAAAUUCAUUCAGGUGAAAAGCCCUACAAAUGUUCUCAGUGUGGGAAGUGCUUUUCUACAACAUCUAUUUUAAAUCGCCACAAGAAAAUUCAUUCAGGUAAAAAGCCAUACAAAUGUACUGAGUGUGGGAAUUGUUUUUCCCGAAAAAUUGAUUUAAAUCGUCACAAGGAGAUUCAUAUAGGUAAAACGGUCUACUGUUAGUGUACUCGGUGUGGGAAAUGUUUGAAUACAUAAACAAAUUUAAAUAUUUGUCAGCAUGUUCUCAUGGAUGAAGAGCACUACUUUUGUAUUUAGUGUUGUAAGUGUCUUAAUAUAAAGUUUGCCUACGAGUGUAUACAGUGCAGGAAACUGAACAUUGUGCCAGAGAAUUCAUACAGAUGAAAAGCCCAAAAAAAUGUAUUUCUUUUGGGAUGUGUUUUUCAGAAACAAUGCUUUCUGAUAAACAAAUGACAGACCAUUGAUGUGGGCCAGUGGGUAGGUUUGUCAUUGUUGCAUUGUAAUUGCCACAAGGUAAAAUUCCCAGCGAAAGUCCUCAGUGUGUCUUUUUUUUCCCAAAAUCUACAUUAAACACCAGAGAAUUUAUUUGCUUUUUAUUGAACCUUUUUUUUUACCCAGGGUAGGUUCACUGUGCACGGAUGCUCUUUUACAGGAAUGCCCUGCUUCACACUCAUACACAUUCACACCUGGGAGCUGCCCAGCACAACCACAAUCCUCCAUUGUUGGCCACUGAGCAGCUCCACUGGAGGGAGAGAACGUUUUUUAGCCAAUUAAAUCGGGAUGAUGAGGUGGCAAGUUUUGGCAAGAGCCAAAUCUUGGAUUUUAGCCAGGACACCAGGGAACCCCCUACUCUUUGCGAAUAGUGUCAUGGGAUCUUUAAUGACCACAGUGAGUCAGGACCUCGGUUUAACGUCUCAUCCGAAACGCAGCAUCUCCUACAGCACAGUGUCCCCGUCACUGGUGCAUUGGGGUUUUAUUUAACCAGAGGGAAGAUUGCCCCAUGCUGGCCUACCAACACCACUUCCACUUCCUGGUGGUCUCCCAUCCAAGUACUAACCAAGCCCACACCUGCUUAGCUUCAGACAGUUGACAGGAGCAGAGUGUGUGGUGGUAUGGCUGCUGGCAUAACAAUGAAAAACCCUACACAUGUCUUGAGCUUGGGACUUGUUAUUUAACAAAAUCUCAUGUAAAUUUCCACCGGAGUAUCAAUUCAGGGUUGUACAUAUUCAUUCACACACUAUGGGAAUUGCUUUUAAAAAAUUUUUAAAUAAAAUUUUAAUAGCGACCAAAAAAACAGUGGUACACAUGAAAAUUUAAGAUAAAAAUCGUAAAAUAAAUGGCUAAAUAAAAAAAAUUGUAUUCCAGAAAACAAAGAAAAUCAUAUUGAAGCAAAGGUAAAAAGGAAAGUUUUGAGUUUCUGUUGAAAAAUAUCAAAACUUUCAGCUGGCCUCAAUAUUUAUCAUUGAAAUAUUUAAUAUUUGGUUCAUAAUCUUGGCCAAAAAUACUGUAAAAAGGAGUGUUGUGUGAGUUUGUUUAUUGAGGAAUGGUUCAAAAUACCCCAUAUGGUUUGAAGUGAUACCAGAAAAAAAAUCAUAAUUGUGAAAAGUCAUUACCACAGUGGUUCAUCAUGUUCCUUUCAACAACAGAUUAAAUUCAGAAACUGAAUUAAUGUAACCAGUCAGUGUGAGAAGUUUGCUUAGCAUGCAAAAUGUACUUUUGUAAGUUGCUUUGGCAAAAAAUCCCUUGCUAGAUGAUGAAAUUAUAAAUUAAUAUUUUUAAACAACUUCAAAUAUAUAAUAAUAUGUUUUUAAAGUUUUCUCUUCCCAUUGUGAACAUUAUAAUUCUAAGCCACAUAUAUUAUUUUAAUUGUUUAAAUCCAACAUGCAUAUUAAUUUCAAAUUAUUCUGGUAAAAAAAUAAAUAAAGCUUUUCUACAGGAUAAAGGGACUUUGCAUCAGAGCCUUCUCAUCAAAGCACCACUGUACGGUACUAAGUUUUAUGGGGGAAAUUUGCUCUUAUAAUGAGUUAUUUUUGUCACCUGCUUUUUUGUCGUAAACUUUUCUUGUUGUUCAGUGUAUUGUCCCCCCUAUGGUAUUCCUUGUUUAUCAUGUCUUGGAUAUCAUAUUUUUCAUUUGAAAAACAGCACAAUAACUGGGUAAAACUGCAAUCAAGUUUUUCUUCAGUAACAAGUGUUUUUCCUAUUUUAUUCUUUAGAAUAAGUAAUUUCCCAUGUAGUCAAGCUCUGAUAUUUUUGAUGAUUAAUUUGACACCAAUUGUUUGAGAGAAACCAUUUGAAAACUGUUUGCAUAUACAGUAGUAAGAAACAAGGUAGUAUGCAUUGCCAACAUGUACUCUGGAAAUGAACUUGAAAGUACUGGCCUUUUCAGUAUUUUGCUGCCAAUGUGGAGGCUGCACUGUGUCUGAUUAUUAUACUUCAGUAUGUUUUAUGUGAGAUUGGGUCAUUGUUUCACUUGUUUUUUUUUUUUGUUUUUUUUUUUCUUUGAAUUUAGUAUUUUAAUUGUGUAUUAAAUAAUUUUGCAUUGUGAAUGUGCACAUACAAGGCCUUUACGUUAUGUAAAUUUCUCUAUAAAUGUAUAUAUCCUUUGUAAAGCAAUGUGUCAUUUACUUCCUGAUUUUCUAUCUCUGUUUAUAAGUAUAUUUUUAUUCCUGUUGCACAUAGGUCAUAACACUAAUUGUGCAAUAAAUAAAUUUGAAUCAUAAAAUGUGA